CUCCGCCCACACACCAUCUUCUCCUUCCUUCCUAUCCCAAUAUAAAAUCCCCUGCAACCCUCUUCAUCUCCUCAGCUUGACGUUCCCUUCCCAGAGAACACCAAGCUAAAUUUCUUCUUCUUUCUUUCUUUCUUUCUUUCUUUCUUUCUUCUCAAUUUUUAACCAGAUGCAGGCCUUAUCCCCACCCAUUUCCCAGAAUCCUCUGGUAAAAACCCACCGCCGUCAUCUCCUCCGUCUCAACCAAUCUCGCCGAAUGUCUCUCCACUGUAUGUACAGAUCCGACCAUGUACAGUUCCCCAAUGGCGUCGGUUCUAGCCGUGCAGACUGGCAGAGCUCCUGUGCUAUUCUUGCCAGUAAGGUCGCUUCUCAGGAGCAACCCACCGACAAGUCUGGCUCCUCCUCUGAACCUUCUACUGGCGCCGGUCACGUCGCUGCUGUUAACGGCCACAAGACCUCUAUCGAACUCAAUCUGGUUCCGAUCAAUAAAGCCAACACCAGUUCGCCGCCACAGAAGCCGCUCUCCAUAACAGACCUAUCUCCGGCUCCCAUGCACGGUUCUCAGUUACGCGUCGCCUACCAGGGUGUUCCCGGCGCGUACUCUGAAGCCGCCGCCGGUAAAGCUUAUCCUAACUGCGAGGCCAUUCCUUGUGAUCAGUUUGAGGUCGCGUUUCAGGCGGUGGAGCUCUGGAUCGCUGACCGAGCGGUUCUCCCUGUUGAAAACUCUCUCGGAGGUUCGAUCCAUAGAAAUUACGAUCUCCUUCUCCGGCACCGGCUUCACAUCGUGGGUGAGGUCCAGCUCCCGGUCCACCACUGUCUUCUCGCCUUGCCGGGGGUCCGAAAGGAGUAUCUGAACCGGGUCAUCUCUCACCCGCAGGCUCUAGCCCAAUGUGAGCACACGCUUACCAAACUGGGUCUCAACGUGGCUCGCGAGGCUGUCGAUGAUACGGCCGGCGCCGCCGAGUACAUAGCGGCGAACAACCUUCGUGACACGGCGGCGAUCGCCAGCGCCCGUGCAGCGGAACUUUACGGACUGCAGAUUCUCGCCGACGGCAUCCAGGACGACUCCGGGAACGUGACCCGUUUCGUGAUGCUUGCACGGGAGCCCAUCAUCCCGCGCACAGACCGGCCAUUCAAGACCAGCAUCGUGUUUGCCCACGACAAGGGCACGAGCGUUCUGUUCAAAGUUCUGUCUGCAUUCGCCUUCCGCAACAUCAGCCUGACAAAGAUCGAGUCCCGACCCCACCGGAAUCGGCCGAUCCGGUUGGUUGACGACGCCAACGUGGGCACUGCAAAACACUUCGAGUACAUGUUCUAUGUGGAUUUUGAGGCGUCCAUGGCGGAAGUGAGAGCGCAGAACGCACUGGCUGAGGUACAGGAGUUCACCUCUUUCUUGCGCGUUCUGGGUAGCUAUCCCAUGGAUAUGACUCCAUGGUCCCCUUCCAGAGGCGAUUAAUUUAGACCCCUCCAUCAUUUUCAUAUCAAUCCUCUCUGUUAUUAUUACCAUUAUUAUUAUUUGAGAAAAGGGAAAUUAAUUUUAUAUUCUUUCCUUUUGAAUUUGGAUUUGUUUAAUUUGAUGGGGGUCAAACAUUUUCAAAGACAACUUAUUGUUGGAUGUGAAUACCAUUUUCAUAGCCAAUAUGGAUUUGUUUAUCUGGAAUUUUCUUUUAUGUUUUUUUUGUAAAUGAGUAAUGGUUGGUGAGCCUCGAAGAGAAGGCCAUGGAAAUGGAGAUUUAAGUUAUUUUAUUCGAUCAUGAUGGUCAGUCAGCCUUUUUAACCAA